AGGUCUUUGUCCUGAGGGCGUGGAAGGGAGGGUCCUUGGGGCGGGGAAGAUGCGCACUUCCCGCUUCGUGCGCUUUAUCCGCGUCUGCCGCUUCCCCACGUUCUUUUCGUCUGGCGCCGCUGACAUGUGCGGGCUAGUGAGCGAGCGCAGUCCUCACGGUGCCUACAGCAUGCCGACUUCCUCCCCGGGCCCGGGCCUCAGCUACUCCCGGCCCAAGACCUGGGGUUCGGAUCCGGCUCUUCAGAGCGCCCCGGGCGUCCGACCUCCCAGGCCUUCGCCGCCGGGCUUUGAGAGCGAGUUCCCCCAGGAUCGCCACGACGCGAGCAGCAAUGGGAACCCGCGCCUCCCCCACCUCUCCUCCGCGGGGCAGCACCUCUACAGCCCCGCGCCGCCCCUCUCUCAUACUGGAGUCGCCGAGUAUCAGCCACCACCCUACUUUCCACCGCCCUACCAGCAGUUGGCUUACUCGCAGUCGGCCGACCCCUACUCGCAUCUGGGAGAAGCUUACGCCGCUGCCAUCAACCCCCUGCACCAGCCGGCGCCCACCGGCAGCCAGCAGCAGGCCUGGCCGGGUCGCCAGAGCCAGGAGGGGGCUGGCCUGCCCUCGCACCACGGGCGCCCGGCCGGCCUGCUACCCCAUCUCUCCGGGCUCGAGGGUGGCGCCAUGAGCGCCCGCAGGGAUGCCUACCGUCGCUCCGACCUGCUGUUGCCCCACGCGCACGCCCUGGACGCCGCGGGCCUGGCCGAGAACCUGGGGCUCCACGACAUGGCGCACCAGAUGGAGGAGGUGCAGAAUGUCGACGACCAGCACCUGCUCCUGCACGAUCAGACUGUUAUUCGCAAAGGUCCCAUUUCAAUGACCAAGAAUCCGCUGAGUCUCCCUUGUCAGAAGGAGCUGGUAGGGGCUGUGAUGAAUCCCAGCGAGGUCUUCUGCUCGGUCCCUGGAAGAUUGUCCCUCCUCAGCUCCACGUCUAAAUACAAAGUGACAGUUGCUGAGGUCCAGAGGCGAUUGUCCCCGCCUGAGUGCUUAAACGCCUCGUUACUGGGAGGUGUUCUCAGAAGAGCCAAAUCUAAAAAUGGAGGCCGGUCCUUGCGGGAGAAGUUGGACAAGAUUGGGUUGAAUCUUCCCGCCGGGAGACGGAAAGCUGCCCACGUUACCCUCCUGACGUCCUUGGUAGAAGGGGAGGCUGUUCAUUUGGCUCGGGACUUUGCCUAUGUCUGUGAAGCCGAAUUCCCCAGUAAACCAGUGGCCGAGUAUCUAACCAGACCUCAUCUUGGAGGGCGGAAUGAGAUGGCAGCAAGGAAGAACAUGCUUCUGGCGGCACAGCAAGUGUGUAAAGAGUUCACAGACCUUCUCAAUCAAGACCGAACGCCCAACGGGAACAACCGACCCACCCCGGUCUUGGAGACGAACAUCCAGAACUGCCUGUCUCAUUUCAGCCUGAUUACCCACGGGUUUGGCAGCCAGGCGAUCUGUGCCGCUGUGUCUGCCGUGCAGAACUACAUAAAAGAAGCCCUGAUCGUCCUAGACAAAUCCUACAUGAACCCCGGGGACCAGAGUCCAGCUGAUUCUAGCAAAACCCUGGAGAAAAUGGAGAAACACCGGAAGUAAGACGGGAGUGAGCCACGGGGCCGAAGAGUCUGGAAGGAAAAAGGCCUCCAAAGUCGUUCUCGACCCGGACGGACUGGGAACCCCUCUUGCCUGGGGACAGUUGGUUACCCGCCUUCCCAUUAAAAAGGCCUCCAGCGAUUCCUGGAUCGUUUACGCGCCCUCCUGGAUUCCUUAGUGUUAUUUCUGUAGCGCUGAAGUGUGCGUCUCCUUGACUCUGGACAAGUCACUGGAAGGUGACAAGUAUUGUUUUAUUCUUUUGAGACCCAUUGUUUUCUCUGAAAGUGGUGCUACAAGUUUUAGAAUCUUUUAAAUCCGUUCCCCGGGCUCGAGAGAAAACCCACACGCGUAGCUGUUGAGAUAUCUGAUCGAUGGCCAUUCACAUCAACGGUAACUUGCAGUGUCAAGGUAAUGGUUGGCUUCUGGCGUCCACUAAAGAUUUAUCUAAACAAAGUAUUUAUCUGGCUUCUAGCUUCUUGAGAUGUCAAAUCCUGCAUACAGUAGGAAGCAAAGAUCCUCUCUGCUCAGCAACCAGCUUAUUAAUAGCUGGUAUUUGACACACAAACCCCUGGUUACAAGGGGCUCUUUGGGUUUUUACGAAACUUGUAGAAAUGAAGCCUGCUGAUGAUUUUGUGUUUUCUUUUGCUGUCUUUUUUUCUUUUUCUUUCUUUUUUUUUUUUUUUUAAACUCAGAGUUAACUCUUCAAAUGGGAGACUCGGAAAUGACAUGUUCCUUUAAGGUACUGAAGCUUUAUUUGCAUAUUUAUUUCACAUUUUGGUGUUUUGAGUAAACUUGAAAAGGGUAGGCAUGAAGCGUUUUUUUUGUUUUGUUUUGUUUUGUUUUUUGUUUUUUUUUUGGCUGCCCGCCACCACCAUGUCCCAUAGGAGGCUCUGUAUUUUGAGAAAACUGUGCGUUGAGUGUACAGAUGUUAUUUAUGCGUAAUUUAAUGGGGUCUGUAAAUAUGGGUGCACUUGAGACUUUUUGACAAAUGGGUUCGAUUUUAAUAUUAACUUUGAAAGGUGAUGGGGUAAUCUAAAACACUAAUUUAGGCUUUAUUCAUAGGUACGCAGGGUAUUAAGAAUUAAGAGGGUCUGGGCUCUGUUCUUGAUGCGGAAGAUUUCUAUUUAAUUGAAACUGUUCAAAAGCAAUAACUUUGGGUCUCGUUCCCAUCAUGCUGAACCGGAAGAUGGGUGUGCGGUACUGUGUGUGGGGGUGAAAUGGAGGUUUGGAAUUGAACUCCACAUCUGUAAACGUCCCCCAGAUAAUUAUUGUGUAUACGAUACCUGUAUAAUAAAAAGUAUUCUCGACAGAA